AUGUACGGCCACAGGCAAUCGUGUAACUUACUCAACGUUGACGCCAUUUCUCAUGCUUUCACCUCUGUUUUCAUCUUUUAUCCAUAUGUGACUAGUGAGCCGAGCAAGAAGAGUUCCAAAAUUCCUAAUCCCUCAAUUAUUACAGAUAGCAAGGAUCCGAAAUUGAGCGCCUACGAGUUGGGUAUUUGCUAUAAACUUCUGAGCAAUGCCGACCACUAUCCAACUGCUGAGAACCAUAUCAUGUAUGUGAUCAAAUGCUGUGGUGGCAAAGCUGCGAGGGACAUCAUCUCUCGUACAAGCCCGACUCGCUGA